GUACAUGGCAUGUGUGGUAAUUUCAAUGAUAAUCAGGAAGAUGAUCUGUCCUUGCCCAGUGGUACACUUGUCAGUGUCCCACAGUUUGGAAAUAGCUGGAAAGUGGAGGAAGACAGUGAUGAAGGUUGUUUAUCAGACUUAAGAGAAGAUGAUGUUCCUCCUUGCACUUCUGAGAGUAAACCAGUCAUUGAAAGCCAGUGCAAUGUCCUAAAAUCAGACAAUUUCAAAGCAUGUCAUGAUCUAGUCAGGCCUGAAGACUUCAUACAGAUCUGCAUCUAUGACAUGUGCCAAUAUGAUGGCAUGAAGUCUGCCCUCUGUGACAUAGUUCAAGUCUAUGUGGACACCUGCAGGAAUCAUGGAAUCACCAUUAAAUGGAGGAACAGCACAUUCUGUCCAUUGCCCUGUCCAUCCCACAGCCAUUACACAGACUGUGUCUCCACAUGCCCAUCAACAUGCAAUGACAUUUUUGCCUCUUCCCUUUGUGAGAAGACAGAAGAGUGCAGAGAGGGCUGCGAGUGUGAUGAUAACUAUGUGCUCAGUAAUGGCGAGUGUGUACCUCUGAGCAAUUGUGGCUGCAGGGAUGAUGACAACAAUUACCACAGCGCUGGGGAGACCUGGAUAACUCCACACUGCACCAAAAGAUGCAUGUGUCAGAAGAACGGUGUCAUUAGGUGCGACAGCUAUAGUUGUGAUUCUAAAGAAACCUGCGUGAUCAAAAAUGGAAAACACAAGUGCAACCCAACAGGUUUUGGGAAAUGCCAGAUCAUGGGUGAUCCACACUACAUCACCUUUGAUGGUCUGGUGCACCACUUUCAAGGGAAAUACACAUAUAUUCUGGUUCAGACCAUCCCUGACCUACCUGAUACCCUGAUGCAGUUCAGCAUUGAAGGCAUGAACUACCCUUUCCGUCGAAGUCGACACAUUACUAACCUGAAGGAGAUUCUUGUCAAUGUUUACAAUCACACAGUGCGAUUAAGGCAGAACAAGCAGCUUGUGUUGGAUGGUGUAAGAGUGAUACCACCUGCUCAUCCUCAUGAAGGUAUUCGUAUAUAUCAGAGGACAACAAGAAUUUACCUGGAGACAGAUUUUGGCUUAUACGUGAGCUUUGAUGGCAAUCAAAAUGCAGAUAUAAAGCUGGCCAACACCUACAGCAACAGAGUGGAAGGCUUGUGUGGUGACUUUGAUGGAAGAUACAAAAAUGACUUCACAAAACCAGAUGGUGUUUGGGUGAAGAAUGUAAAUACAUUUGGUGAGAGCUGGAAAGUUCCUGUGACAAGAACAACCUCUCGCCUCAGGCGAGAUGUCAGCUCAGAAGAUGAGUCUGAGGAGGAACCAGAUCCAGGACUCUUCCAAGGCUGCAGUGAAAAUAAGCUGGGACAAGAAAACAGAACUUCGAGAUGUCAAAUCUUGAUUGACUCAAAUGGUCCUUUUGUAAACUGUCACUCCACAGUCUCACCGGAUUUCUAUUUCACGAGCUGCCUGUUUGAUACGUGUGUGGAAGGAGAUGAGGAAGAUGAGGAUGCUACUUUAUGUCGCAGUCUGGAGGAGUAUGUGCUGACUUGUCAGCUGCAAGGAGUCAGUAUAGAAGGCUGGAGGCAACAGACAGAUUGUGGUAUAUCAUGUCCUGCCAACAGCAACUACAGCUCAUGCAUGUCUGCAUGCCCAGCGUCCUGCAGUGACUUGACCAGCCCCUCUGAAUGCGAAUCACCUUGUCUUGAAGGCUGUGAAUGUCUCCCUGGCUAUGUUCUCAGUGGUUUUGAUUGUGUGCCUUACAGGCAAUGUGGCUGCACGUAUCUUGAGAAAUAUUAUGAGAUUGGAGAAAUAUUCACCACUGAUGACUGCUCUCAGAGAUGCCAGUGCACAGAAAGCUCCACUGUCUUCUGCUCAAACAUAGUGUGUGGAGCUGAUGAAAUCUGUGGCAUUUCAAACUACAGUCGUGGAUGCUACAGGAUCUUUGCCACAGAGGAUCCCGAGAACAAUACAGUUGCCAUCGUCACUGGAGUUGUGGCAGGCGUAGUUGUUGUCACCAUUCUCAUCUCCUCUGCAGUGUACCUGUACAG